AUGGAUCCAGACUCCGAGGGCCACUACUCCACCGAAAAAGAAUACCCUGCUCAAGAGCCCUUCGAGCCAGACGAAGACGUGAAGGCGGGGGACGACGACUUUAGGCCCGAGACUUCCAGCGAAUACCACACCAGUGAUGAUGAGGAAAGCGACAUUGGCGACCCCAACGAGGUCUGGGGCGCGCUCUCCCUGGGGCAUGAUGCCAGGCAGCGUGCUUCUCUAAAGCGUCCAGCGGAGGACAAUCCGGCAUUCCGUCCGUUCAAGCGCCAAAAGGGCACCAUUAAUCUCGAGUAUCUCGAGCUGCUCAACAGAGACAUUGACGAUGCGGCUCAUCGAGCAUGUCUGGACGACGACGUUGACCUUCCGCCGACCCAGAUUGGUCUCACCCUCUGGUCAACAGUAGAGAAGCGCCAGUUCUUCGAGGCUCUGUCGCGGUGUGGCCGGCACAACAUUGCGCAAAUCGCAGCUCAUGUUAACAGCAAGAGCGUCGUCGAGGUUCAGCACUACAUCGACUUCCUUCAGGAUGCACACCAGAGGAGAAGACAGUUCGACCGCCGGUCGUUCCUCGCAACGGCCGAGUACCCUGCCGCCGUCGAGCUCAGCCCGCAGUGCUGCCACGCGCAGGAAGAGGCGGCAGAUGCCGUAUCCCUCAGACAGGAACAGAGGGAGUCGCAGCGUGAAGAGCAGAAAUGGGGGCCGAAUUGGGACGUCACGCCGGACGUCGCCUUGAGGCUAGACCGUGGCGACAACCAGUCGCCUCCAUUCUCUCAGCUCUUUCACACCUCGCGGUGGCUUAGGCUCUCGCAGCGCUUCUUCAUGAACUCGACCAUCCCAAACAGCAACUGGCACCAUAUUGACGACGUGCCUCCUUCCAUGUGGGCCACGGCGUUUGACGACUUCCACUCUCUAGCCAUUUCCGUGACCAGGAGGCUGGUGCAAGCCACUCUUUUCAUCAGCAUGUCGAGAAUCAGGGCAAAGCGCGAACUCGUCCCCAAGACUAGGAGUUUUGUGCGGCGCAAGGACGCCGAAGCAGCGAUUGCCUCCCUCGGCAUGCCAGCCAACGCGAGGCAUUUGUGGCAAGAAAGCGCCCGGCGGUUACGUCUGGACGUCUACGAGGAGCCGCCUAGCCGAGACGACGAGGGCGAGGACGAACCCAUGUCGUACGACGAGGUUGAGCGCGAGUUGGGUGAAGGCCCGGACACGACUACAGAAAGACCUGUCUACAACCACGAGUCUGAAUUCGAAGACGAAGAAGAGGACGAGGAGGGGUCGCACGAGAACGUCGAGGAGCGGGACAUUGACCGCGAAGCCAACGAGAUCCUGUGGUACUCGGCAGCCGACCUGCGCGACGUCGCGGGCACGAGGCAGGCGCUCAAGCUGCGCAUCGCGACGGAGCGGCGGCAGGAGGAGCAGGCGGACCGGUUCGACGAGCACGCCAGCUCCCGGGCCGAGAUGGAGAUGUGGGAGGUGCUGCAGAAGAAGCCACCCAUGGAGAUUCCCAGGACGCAGGACCCCGGCCGGCCCGAGAGGUCCAACCUGGACGUGGAGAGCAUAUACCCCUUGAGGAGAGACUGGGCGGACCAGUUGAAGUACCGUAGCGAAUGGGAGGCACAGCAGGAGUAA